AGUUCCUGCCGUUGUCUCUAACAGUAAAGUUUAGAGUGCAGGAGAGAGGCGGCCAUUUACUUUGACUUGUCAUGGGCAAGAUGGAUUGAAGGUGUAAACAAGAAGGAGCUGAGAGAGUUCUGGUCUGAGUGCGUGUGCUUUGUCCUUACAGGGGGGGAGUAGGACAAGGAGGCAGGAGAAAGCCAAGGAGAACAGGAAAAGGUGGACAAGUUGCCGGACUGUGCCACACGUGGGCAAAGGUGAAUAAGAAGGAGCAGUUGAGGAGUCUGUUUGAGACAGGAGGAGGAGCCCUCGCCUGAGGGGAAACCACAGCCGUAUUUCCCCCAGCUGUAACAGGACAGGAUGAGGUACCAAGGCAGGGAAGUGGAAGAGGGACGAGUGCGCCUGGUGAUGGAAAGCUCCCUGACUGCCCGGGACAGGGUCGGAGUGCAGGACUUUGUCCUGGUGGAAAACUACAAUAGUGAAGCCACCUUCAUAGAGAACCUGAGGAGACGUUUCAGAGAGAACCUCAUCUAUACAUAUAUUGGCUCGGUGCUGGUGUCAGUGAACCCUUACAAGGAGCUGGAGAUUUACUCCAAGCAGCAGAUGGAGCGUUACAGAGGGGUCAGCUUCUAUGAAAUAUCUCCUCACAUUUAUGCCAUAUCAGACAACACGUACCGGGCCAUGCGCACUGAGAGGAGGGAUCAGUGUAUUCUUAUAUCAGGUGAGAGUGGAGCAGGUAAAACAGAGGCCUCCAAAAAGAUCCUCCUCUACUACGCCAUCACCUGCCCCACUAAAGAUCACAUGGUGACCCUUGGUGAGCGUCUCCUGCAGUCCAACCCUGUUCUGGAGGCUUUCGGUAAUGCUAAAACACUAAGAAAUGACAAUUCCAGCCGCUUUGGAAAAUACAUGGAUAUCCAGUUUGACUUCAAAGGUGCAACAAUGGGUGGUCACAUCCUGAAUUACCUGCUAGAGAAAUCUCGGGUGGUGCACCAGAACCACGGAGAAAGAAACUUUCACAUCUUCUAUCAGCUCCUUGAUGGAGGGGAAGAUGACCUGCUCAACACACUGAACCUAGUCAGGAACCCUCACAACUACCGCUACCUGGUUAAAGGAAACUGUCCCCGAGUGAGCUCUAUAAGUGACAAGAAUAAUUGGAAAGCUGUGAGCAAGGCCCUGGACGUAAUCGGCUUCACCUCAGAAGAAGUGCAGAAACUGCUGAACAUCAUUGCCAGUGUCCUCCAUCUGGGCAACACGCUCUUUGGGGAAGGGGAGGAAGGAGAAACUUAUAUCACCACUGAGACCCAGAUCUCAAACAUCGCAAAGCUGCUGGGUGUUGAUGGCUCAGCCCUGAAGGAGGCCCUCACUCACAAGAAACUCACAGCCAAAGGAGAGGAGAUGGUCAGCCCGCUAAAUUUUGAACAGGCAGUCUCUGCCCGUGAUGCUUUGGCCGAGGCUGUGUAUGGCCGGACUUUCAAUUGGUUGGUGGAGAAGAUCAAUCAGUCACUUGCUCUAAAGGCAGAAAACUACCACAACAGCAAAGAUGCCUCGGUCAUAGGGCUUCUUGAUAUCUACGGAUUUGAGGUCCUGCAGCACAACAGUUUUGAGCAGUUCUGUAUCAACUACUGCAACGAGAAGCUUCAGCAGCUCUUCAUCGAGCUCACUCUCAGAUCUGAGCAGGAGGAGUAUGAGACAGAAGGAAUUGCUUGGGAGACAGUGCAGUACUUUGACAACAAGAUCAUUUGUGACCUGAUAGAGGAGAAGCACAAAGGCAUAAUCUCCAUUCUGGAUGAGGAGUGCCUGAGACCAGGAGAGACUUGUGAUAUUUCCUUAUUGGAGAAGCUGGAGGACACAGUGGGCGGCCAUCCCCAUUUUAUCACGCACAAGUUAGCGACUGGAAAAACUCGCAGGAUUAUGAGCAGGGAGGAGUUCAGGCUGUUACACUACGCGGGAGAGGUCAACUAUAAUGUCAAUGGCUUCCUGGACAAGAACAACGACUUGCUGAACAGGAAUCUAAAAGAGGUCAUGUGCCAGUCAGAAAACCAGAUCCUAAGUCACUGCUUCCGCAGAGAGGAGGUGAUCGACCAAAAACGUCCAGAGAUGGCUGCUUCCCAGUUUAAAAACAGCCUGAUGAAGCUAAUGGAGAUCCUCAUGUCUAAAGAGCCAUCCUACGUGCGCUGUAUCAAACCUAAUGAUGCCAAACAGCCAGGUCGUUUUGAUGAAGUUCUGGUGAGACAUCAGGUGAAGUACCUGGGUCUGAUGGAGAACCUAAGAGUCCGGCGAGCUGGCUUUGCCUAUCGCCGUCGCUUUGAAGCGUUUUUGCAGAGGUACAAGCCUCUGUGUCCUGAGACAUGGCCCAACUGGAACGGAAAACUGGCUGACGGGGUUUCUGCUCUGGUAAACCACCUGGGCUACAAAGCAGAGGAGUAUAAACUGGGCAGAUCAAAAAUCUUCAUCCGUUUCCCAAAAACUCUGUUCACUACUGAGGAUGCACUAGAGGCAAAAAAGCCAGAGAUCGCUGUGACCCUGCAGACAUCUUGGAGAGGCUACAGAGAGAGAGCUAAGUAUCAACGCAUCAGACAUGCAGUUAUCGUGAUCCAGUCUGGGUGGCGAGGGAUGAAAGCACGCAGGAGGGCUAAAAGGCGUCACGAAGCUGCUCAGUUAAUACGCAGGUUCAUUAAGGGCUUCAUCUAUCGUCAUGAGGAGUACUGUGCUGAGAAUGACUAUUUCGUGAAUCAUGUACGCUACUCCUUCCUGAAAAAUCUGAGGAAAAACCUACCCAAAAACGUUUUGGACAAGAACUGGCCGACACCUCCAACAUUGCUUGUUGAGGCCUCAGAGCAUCUCCAAAGGCUUCACAUGCGGAACAUGGUCAUCAAGUACUGCAGGAGGGUUCAACCUGAAUGGAAGAAGCAGAUGAUGCAAAAGGUUGUAGCCAGUGAGAUCUUCAAGGAUCAGAAAGACAGCUAUCCUUACAGUGUUGGGAUGCUGUUUUUGGAUUCCAGGCUAGAACGAGAACAAAUCAGCCUCAAAGUCCACCAGACUCUCGGGAGUGAAAAAGUGCAGUAUGGAGUCUCUGUGAUAAAGUAUGACAGGAGGGGGUUCAAGCCUCGUCCCCGUCAGCUGCUUCUCACUGACACCUUUGCAGUGCUGGUGGACAGGACCAAGAUCAAACAGAGGAUGGACUACGCCGCUCUGAGAGGGAUCUCUGUGAGCUCUCACUGUGAUGGAAUGGUUGUUCUGCACAUGCCAUGCGAGGAUAACAAGCAGAAGGGUGACGCGGUGCUGCACUGCAGCCAUGUGAUUGAGCUGGUGACCAAACUGGCCAUGAUGGCCAGCAAGACCAAUUAUGUCAACAUCAACCUUGGCAGCAUUCGGUUUGCUGUGUCCCGGACCAAAGAGGGAAUAAUUGAUUUCAUCGGGGGCUCAGAGCUGAAGGUCGCCAAAGGCAAAAGAGGACAUAUGCUAGUGACUACCCCUCAGAUCAGUACCACAUGAAGAUCCAGAAACCAGAAAGAAGAUGAACAGAAAGACGAUGAAGUUGGCAUCAGAUUUGUAGUUUCCUAUUUGGCACUUACUGUUUUAAAAUAAUCUACACUUCUUUUAUCAGCUCUAGCUCAACAUCAAAGAUCCUUAAGCUUCUGUAGCACUGUUUCUUAUCUUGGCAUCUACAGGUGGAUCUCAGUAAAUUAGAAUAUUAUAAGAAAGUUGAAUGAUUUCAGUAAAACUCUUAAAUUACAUUGAUUAACUACACACAGUAAUAACGUCUCAUUAUUUAGGUCGAUUUGGAUGAUUAUUGCUUAUAGCUUAUGAAAACCUAAAGUUCAGUUUCUCAGAAGAUUGGAAUAUUAUUGUUAUGGCCUACGCAAUCAUGGGAAAAACAGCUGACUUGGCAGAUGUCCAGCAAACCAUAUUUAAAAUCCUCCACAAAAAGGGUCAGCCACAAAAGGUAAUUUCCAAAGAAUUUGAAUGUUUUCAAAGUAAUGUGUUCAAUCAAAGUUAAGUGGAAGCAAAAAGUGACAUAGAAAAGCUUACCAUUGAGAGGAUUGUUGAUCAAAGCUAAGACAGGAGUUUGGGAGAGUUUCAAAAGGCGUGAACUGGGUUUGGAGUCAAAAGGACCUUGACAUUUACAUUGUUCCCAUUUUUCUUAAUUCAGUAAAGGUUUUACAAAACAUGACAUUUUAAAACACUACAGAAUAAUUCAGUUCAUGUGUGAUUUGUCUUAGAACAGUUAUUUAGGCAGGACUCUAUUUAAGGUAAUCUUAAUGAAGGAAAAAAAAUAUUAAAAUCAUAUUUUUUUGUGUUUUAACACAAGGAAUUAAAGUUUCACAAAUUACAAACUGUGUUUCAGAGAAUCUAUAUUUAGUCUAAAAUAAUUAGGUCUGAGCCGAGACCCUGAAUCUGAGCUGUGGAUUCAGGCUGGAGCCCUUUAAAUAGGGUUUAAAUUAGACAUUGGCUAGUUUGAGCUUUCCACAAUAUUAACUGUAACAUACAAGCAACCAAAAUAGCUUACAAGAAAGACAGCUGACUGUCAGUACGCAGCAGCAGUGGGGGAGGGGAGUAUCAAUAUUUUAUACUUUAAACUGCCAAAUUAAACUCUGAUCACUUUCUCUAAUAUCUUGUGAAAAAUAGAAACAGUUUGACAAAACAUUUUUCAUUGAUUUUAAAACUUUACUUGUUAAAAUCUUUAUCUUGGCACCAGUAACGAUCCAUUGCCUAGUUCACAAAAAAAAACAUCUUUAAAUAAAACUUGCUUUUUUGUGUUUACCCAAAUAAAACCUUCAAAAAUCAGAAUCUUGAUGUAUAAUAAUUCAACCCAGUCUGAGCAUUGUAAAUAUUUUAGAUCUUGAACUAGAGCUGAACAACUAUUGUCCCGAGUCCUUAAAAGUGGUGAAAUAACUCUUUAUUCAAAUGUCAGAUCAGAUGCUAAUUUCUGAGUCAUAUAAACAAGACUGAAGGACUAUUACUCAAAACAUUUUAUAGCUUUGUACUUUGCAGAAUAUGCAACAUGUCUCCUGGGCCUUACAAACCCUUCUAUAACAUGAUGUCAGGCAACUACUAUUAAUUAUUUACAUAUUAGAAAUAUGAAGUCUUCACUGUUUUUCUGAGUUGAUUUAUUGAAAUUCAUCAACAACCGUAUUUAUCUGUUAUUAUCAAAACACCUUCUGUAAAACAUUAUUUCCAUACUUGUGAACAACUCAAAUGAACAACUUUGAAAUAAAUAGCACAUUAAUAAAUAUAAUAAUAAAUAGCAAA